UUGGCGAGGAACACAUGCAUCCACCAGUGCACACCUCGCAGCAUCAAAAGAUCUCAUACGUACAAAAAAAAUCUCUACACUCCACUUCAGAACAGAGAGAGAGGAUCUUGCCCGAGAUUUGUUGGCAUGUAAUAGUGCUUAGAUCCCAUGAUGCGGAAAGCUACUACAACGAUGCGGAAAUGAGAAACGCUGUGAGCAGGUGUGGAAUUAACCAGCGCCUGCUGGCCGUGGGGGUACACACAUGAGGAGCACUGGAUGAUUCACUUGUGUACAAAGUGUCCAAGUAUACCAGUGCGAAGACGUAUACCCUUAAGCUUGCGGUGAACAUGGAGGGCCAAGAAACCACAUCAUACGCCAUGGGUGUAUCUAUAGAGUGGUCGAAUUCAACGCCUAGGUGUGAUGUUCGGGAGUACUCGCUUGGGAUUACCAUAACUGUCUCCCUGCUCUACGGCAUGGUGUUCGUGCUGGGCCUUAUUGGGAACAUCACGGUGAUUACGAUUGUCUAUAUUCGGCCAAAGCUACGCAGUGCCUCCAAUGUGAACCUCCUCAAUCUAGCCUUUGCAGAUCUGUGCUGCUGCGUCGGUCUCCCGUUCUCAGUUAUCAGUGAGAUCAAUGGAACGUGGAUAUUUGGCGAUGUAGCCUGUACUUUGGCUGCAUUCUUAACCCUGUGGUCCUGCACAGCUAUAGUGAUGAUUCUACUAAAUAUAUCCAUAUAUCGUUAUUUUGUUAUAUCGCGUGCCAGGAGUAAAAUGGUGAAGGUCUUACGCAAACGGACAGUCCGUAUAAACAUCUUGGUGUGGCCUCUCUCGGCGUUAUUCAGCGCCCCUCCCAUAUUGGGAUGGGGUAGCUACAGUGAUUGUGUCGGACUUCCAAGUUGCUUCUUGGAUCUCCCAAGAAGUAGAACCUACGUUGUUUUCUUCUUUGUGUUCACCACUGUAAUACCGUCGGCUCUCAUGAUCUUCUGUUACACUCGGAUAUUUUCAACUGUUCGGAAUAGCUCAAAGCGAGUCAAGAACGCAGCGCAGGCUCUGUUCCGAGCCUCGGCUGCCAUCCUGACUGAGAACGUGGUUCCUGAGUCCACUGAGACAAGACGGAGUCGAUGCUCCCUACGGGACGUGGAGUUCCUCCCGCUCCCUGUCCGAUCUCACCGGGGGUCGGACUCCGGUAUCCUCCAGUCGUCGCGCUCGGAUAAACGCCUGUCCAUCGUCUCGUACACUUCGGUGAUAGCCAACAUGAGACCCGAGGAACUCCGGCUUGGUAAGUCCCUGUUCCUGGUCUUUGUGGCGUACCUCCUCUUCUGGUUCCCCGUUGUGACAAUCAUGCUCAUCGAGUCGUUCCUCGUACUAGAACCAAUCCACGACCUGUGGUUCGCCAUGCAGCUCUGCAUGUACAUCCACGCCGCGGUGAACCCGUUCGUGUACGGCCUUCUGACGGACCCUUUCCGGUGUGUUAUCAACUCGGCCAUGUCGUGGCGGACCAAGAGCCGGCCCUGUAUCAGCGAGAUGAAACGUCCGUCCAUCGCCACCAUGGACCGCUUGAACAUAGAGAGCGAUACCUACCUUGAACGGAGCAACAGUGAUAGUAGGAACUGUGAACGAAUUAAACUAAAGAGAUUGUCUAUACCAGAGAGCUGCCAUCCAGCUCGUCUAUCUCUCUCAGCUUCGUCAUUUUAGACUUUAUAUUAAUAAUAAUAAUAAGGACACCAUUUGUAAGGCGCACUUUCUCUGUAUAACAUUCAAUAGACCUGGGCCCAAUGUCAUAGAGCUUCUUAAGCAGAAAAUAUUGCUUAAAGCCAUUAUACACUUUCGGUAC